CAAAAAAUCCUUUUUUUUUGUUUAUUUAUUUUUAAAUGACAAAUAAUCCUUAAAUAGUUUCCAAAGGUCUUAAAUUACCAAAGACCCUAUAAACAAGAUUCUUUUACUUCUAUAAAAUUUUCGUGAAUUUCUAGUUCAGCACUUUUUGUGUGCGAUAUUGGCGUAAGCGGAACCGUACACGUUUGGUUGGUUGUGAAAGGGGGCUAAUUUUAGAUGAGCAUGCUAGUGGGAGUUUGCGUCAUGGGGAAGUGCAAGUUUAAUGGUAACUGGAUGGCUAAUCCCACGUUCACGACGUGGUUAGCACCGGUUCCAGGCAAUAGUUGGAAAUUAUAGCUUAAAUUUAAUUUUUCAAGAUAAGCUUAAAUUUGGUCAAAGUGGCCUUAAAAAAGGUCUUAAAAAGUCUUAAAUUUGGCUCCCUUAAACCUGCAGAUACCCUGUAUUUGUUCUUUCUUUCUUUGGUUUGCUCUUGUAUUAUAAGGUAUUUUUGCUCCUUGUUCUCUGGCCUUUGACCAACCUGAAAAUGUAAAGCCAACGUGUUAAUUUGUAGGAAGCGCAGAGAUCAGGGGUCACCAGAAGAAUUUAGCCCAGCCUGGUCUUUCAGGACACGGGAAUAAAACCCUCUGUAGACACCAGACCUGGCUGCUUUACGAGUCUUUCACACAAGCCUCUGCUUGAAGAUGGAGUGGAUUUCUGCUGCUGUCGUCCUGCUGGUUCUAACGUCGGGUUCUCCCGUUAAAGCGGGAAAAUGUCCCAAAGAGUGCAGCUGUGACAACGCCAAACUCUCCGUAGCUUGUGUUGGCAGAAACCUGACGGAAAUUCCUCCAACUAUAGAUGAGAUCACAGUUAAACUCAACCUGAGGAACAACAAUUUACAGAUGAUACUAAAGGAAGCGUUUAUACACACACCCCACCUCACACACCUCAACCUGCAGCUCUGCAACAUCAUCAAGGUCAAGGAGGGCGCCUUCCGCUCUCUUGGCCGCCUGCUCUCCCUAAACCUGGCAAACAAUAAAAUCGAUGUCCUUUACCAGGAGUCCUUUGAUGGCCUCUCCUCCUUAAAGGAGCUGCACCUGGACCAUAAUCGCAUUGAGGAGAUCCAGCCUGGUGCCUUUGCUCAGCUGGGGUUCCUCAACAUGCUCACCCUCACCCACAACCAGCUGGUUUACAUCCCCAACAUGGCUUUCCAGGGUCUGCAGAACAUCAAGCGGCUCCGCCUUAGCCACAACUCCCUGAACAACCUGGCUCCUGAAGCCUUCGCUGGACUGUUUUCUCUCAGGCGCCUCAGCCUGGAUCACAAUGAGCUGCAGUUCUUCCCCACGCAAACCAUGACCAGACUCCCUGAAGUCACUCACCUGGACAUGAGCUACAACCCCAUGAUUUACCUGGGAGAAGAAUCUGUCUCCAUGGGGAAGCUCACACACCUCCACCUUCACCACAUGGCCCUUCAGGACCUGUCAGAUGAGGCGUUUGCCCACGCCCACCUCCUCUCCCACAUUGACCUGAGUCACAAUCAGCUUCGCUACCUGGAGCCCCUCUCAGGACCAAAGGAGUUAACCAACCUCAGCCUGACUGGCAACCCGAUCUACUGUAACUGCUACCUGAGACCCCUGAGGGAAUGGGCGACUGCUGGGCAUGUGAAGCUGAUGGGAGCGUGUGCUGGACCACCUCACCUCUCCGAUGAGCCUCUGCAGGCGGUGACUUCCUUGGAUCUACGCUGCCGCGGCAGGGGGGAGGCUCUGGAGGAGGAGGACAGUAAAGGAAACAUCACAUCAACAACCAAGCCCAGACAGACAGUCAGGUGUCCAUCUAACUGUGAUUGUGAUACCGAAGCCCAUCAUGCCACAUGUGAGAGCCGAGGUCAUACCAAAAUCCCACGAGGCUUCCCCUCCUCAACGCAACUCCUUGAUCUCCGUGGCAACCACUUCCACUUCAUCCCUGCCAGCAGCUUCCCAGGCUCUGCACAAGUUGUGUCUCUUCACCUGGAGUUCUGCAAAGUCCGUGAAAUGGAAGGCAGGGCCUUCCAGGGAAUGAAAGGCCUGCUGUAUUUAUAUCUGUCCGACAACGACCUCACAACCUUAGACCCGAGAGCUUUUGCAGGAGUCCCAAUGCUCACCUACCUUCACCUUGAGGGGAACCGGCUGACACACUUCCCUGGACCGGCUCUGUCUCUCUUGCCAAAUCUGUUCGUGUUGCAUCUGGAGAGAAACGCCAUCUCCAAACUAGAGCCCAGUGGUUUGCUGUCUUCAGUAGCUCCAACACUGAGAGGACUUUACCUGAGUAAUAACACCAUAACUGGCAUAGCCAAGGGUGCUCUGUGCUCUGCUUCCAUUGGAACUGUUCACCUGGAUUCUAAUCAGCUGACCGAGGUACCUAUCGAUGCUCUUUUUGAGGCUCCAAAUCUGGAAGAGCUGAACCUGUCUCACAACCCGGUUACCAGGGUUGGACCAAAGGCUUUUGAACCCGUUUCCCAAAGUCUUAAGAGGCUUUUCAUGGACCAGAUGGAAACAGAACAGAUGUCCGAGGAUGCUCUGCUGGGCCUGGGUCCAGGACUAAAGUCUCUUACUUUGAGGGGAAACCACCUCAAGGUUCUCCCUGACCUGAGCUCAUUCACCAGCCUUGAGGUGAUUGACCUGCGAGACAACCCUCUGCUGUGUGACUGUAAUGUGCUCCCCCUUCGCAGGUGGAUGAAAAAUGUGAGGCUGGAGGUGUCGGCAAUGUGUAGUCACCCUCUUGAGCUCAGAGGUCAGCAGGUCAGGGAUAUUAACAUCUUCACAGCCUGCCCAGAGAAAAUGUCUCCUCCAAACAAGGAGGCAGUUAAAGAACCCAGACCUGCAAAGUUACAGAAAGCCAAACCCAGUGCCCUGAGGUCUCCCAGAGUGAGAACUAGGCCGCAAAAGGCCAAACUGGACAGACCAGCCAAGAGUUCGCAUCAGAGAAAGUCUGCAACAACUGCAAAGAACAAGAAGAUGGGAAACAAUAAAAACUGAGUUUUGUCAUUCUGUGAUUCCUGGCUUGUCGGUUUGUUGUGGUUUUCCUGCAAACUGGAAGGAAUUUAUCCAAAUAAAACUGUUCAACUAACUGAAAUUUACAUUAAAAAAUGGUAAAAUUAAA